GUGGCUUCCUGGUAGCUUUAUAAAAACCACAAGCCCACAGUCUGAUCCUUCCAGUCUGUAGUUUUCCAGACAAGAGAAUAGUAUUACUGAGUUUUGAAAAGCAAAAAAGAAACCUUGACGCAACAUGGCUUUUGUACAAGAAUUUCUGAAGCAAGCCUAUUUUAUGGAGCAGGAUGAACCACAAUAUGUGAAAAACACUAAAAGUGGUUCAGCAGUUAAUGCUUAUCCUGGCUUCAAUCCAUCCAAGGAUGCUGCUGCACUGGAUCAGGCCAUCAUGGCUAAAGGAGUUGAUGAAGCAACCAUCAUUGAUAUCUUGACUAAAAGAACCAAUGCUGAACGCCAGCAGAUCAAAGCUGCCUACCAGCAGUUAAAGGGAAAGCCCCUGGAAGAAGCUUUGAAAAAAGCACUCAAAAGCCACCUAGAAGAUGUUGUCUUGGCUCUGCUGAAGACUCCAGCCCAGUUUGAUGCUGAAGAGCUCAGGUACUCCAUGAAGGGUCUUGGAACUGAUGAAGAUACCUUAAUUGAGAUUCUGGCAUCAAGGAAUAACAAACAAAUCAGAGACGCCAACAGAGCAUAUCAGGAAGUUUUUAAGCGAGAUCUUGCCAAAGACAUUGCCUCAGAUACAUCUGGAGACUUCCAGAAGGCUUUGCUUGCCCUUGCAAAGGGUGACCGUGAUGAAAAUCCUCAUGUAAAUGAAGAGCUGGCAGAUAAUGACGCACGGGCCUUGUAUGAAGCUGGAGAGAGAAAAAAGGGAACAGAUGUUAAUGUUUUCAUUAACAUCCUCACUACAAGAAGUUACCCUCAUCUCCGAAGAGUUUUCCAGAAAUACACCAAGUACAGCAAGCAUGACAUGAACAAAGCUCUGGACCUGGAGCUGAAAGGAGACAUUGAGAACUGCCUCACAGCAAUUGUGAAAUGUGCCACAAGCAAGCCAGCUUUCUUUGCUGAAAAGCUCCAUUUGGCAAUGAAGGGUUCUGGAACACGCCACAAAACUCUGAACAGGGUCAUGGUGUCGCGCUCUGAGGUUGACAUGAAUGAGAUCAAAGGUUUUUACAGGUCAAUGUAUGGCAAGUCCCUCUGCCAGGCUGUCUUGGAUGAAACAAAAGGUGAUUAUGAAACUAUUCUGGUGGCUUUGUGUGGUGGUGACAACUGAGCUUCAUAUCCUUCAGAUACCUCUCAGCCUCUCCCUUGAGGAUAUCAUUCCUUUUAAAUUCAUACUGUUACAUAUAUAUGUAUAAGGAAGGCACUUAAAGAGAGUACUUGCCAAGUUAGACUAUUGUCUAGUCUUGAUAUCUUGAAAAAACUGUAGCCUGGAAAAAUAUACUUUUGUUGUUGUUAAUCUCUUGAGGCAUUAUCUCCUUUUUUAUAUUUAUCCAAAGCCAAAGAACAGCUAUGUUUGCUUUUACAGAGUUAGUAAUUGUAAAAGGUAUAGGACCUGCCUGAGCAGGCCCAAGUAACAUUCCAAAUAAAAUUAACCUGUGAUCUA